GCCGCGGGGCGGGCGGCGGCGCUCCCGGAGGUAGCGCGGACGUCGCCUGCGUCCGGGCGGUGCGUCGGGCUGCAGGAGAAGAUGGCGGUCUCCACAGGCGUUAAAGUUCCUCGUAAUUUUCGCUUGUUGGAAGAACUUGAAGAAGGACAAAAAGGAGUAGGCGAUGGUACGGUUAGCUGGGGCCUUGAAGAUGAUGAAGAUAUGACACUUACAAGGUGGACAGGCAUGAUUAUUGGGCCACCAAGGACAAAUUAUGAAAACAGAAUAUAUAGCCUGAAAGUAGAAUGUGGACCUAAAUACCCAGAAGCACCUCCAUCAGUUAGAUUUGUAACCAAAAUUAAUAUGAAUGGAAUAAAUAAUUCCAGUGGAAUGGUGGAUGCACGGAGCAUACCAGUGUUAGCAAAAUGGCAAAAUUCAUACAGCAUUAAAGUUGUACUUCAAGAGCUAAGACGUCUAAUGAUGUCCAAAGAAAAUAUGAAGCUUCCACAGCCACCAGAAGGACAAACAUACAACAAUUAAUUUUAGUGGAUUUAAAACUUGUCUUAAAUCAACAACCUUCUAUUCAUGUUAAUGUCUUGAUUAAGUAUCACAAUGCAAAAUACCCACACAUUAAGUAAGAUAAUUCCAGCUGGUAAACAUGACCUGGACAUCUGUAAGAGUAUAUUUAAUAUAUGUACACCCAUUAUGUUUUCAGGUAACAGGAGGAAAAUUCAGCACAGUUUUUUUUCUUGUUAAGGCACCGUCAUUUAAGCUUGAACCUGGAGUACUCAGAGUGGAACUCAGGUUUCCAGGUGGAAGAACAGCGAGAAGUGUCAGAUGGCUGUGCAAAGCAGAUGUGUUUCUGAACAGAAAGCUCAAGAAGGAAAACCCAUAACGGUGUGCUCUUGCUUAGUGAAAGAGCUUCCGUUGAAAUUGUCUAAAAUAGCAGGUACAAUGAAUAUUGUCACAAAAUGUGUUCAUUUUUGAAGCGGUAUAGGUGCUGACUACUAGUAGUAUCAAAAAUACGUUCAGGAUUGUUUUGAUACCUGUAUUUAUAAUAAAAUUGUUGUGGGGAGGUGGACGGAUUUCCGUUACAAGCUGUUCCUGGGUGUUCCAUGUACCAGACGCGGUGAAGAGUUGUUUACAGUCUUUGUUGGACAAACCAUGCAUUUACAUUUAAGUGAAAUCAACGAAAAGGAAAUAGAUGUAUGGAUAUGUGAUUUUGAGAUUAACGUUAGUCUUAAAUUGUAAAUAAAAUGUGGAAUGUGUCCUCAGAAA